AUGGCCCACAUUCUGUGCCAUCUCAAUAGUCGGGUCGAACCAGCUACCCAAGUUCUCUACGCGCUUGGAGAAGAACUAAUGACACUACGCUUUGGCGCGCUAACUCCAGGCUACUAUCUAAACGAAAGAUUGAUCAAGAUUGUAGAUGAUUUUUUACCUGAUGACAUCUCGCCGGCUCAGGGAAAGCUGUACGUCUCUCUCACAAAUAGACUAGAUCGUAAAAAUGAAUUAAUUAACAAAUUCAAAAGUAAGGAGCACUUGCUGCAGUGUCUAAUGGCAAGCUGCUAUAUUCCCAUGUACUCUAUGGGUUACGGAGGACGAGCACCAAUCAUCGACGGGAUUGUAAGUGGUAGAUUAGUAUAAAA